UGGUCUGCUGUGUCUGUACCUGAGUGGGCUAUCUGAAGAGCAACAAUGCGCACAUUUGAGCUGUUCUGCGUGGUGUUCUGGUGCCUCUGUGCAGCUGCCUGGGCCUCCAGCAGCCGCCAGCCUUGUCAGUCACCAGCUAUGACCAGUGGCACACUGAUGGUGACUUCCACUGGCGGUCAUGACAUUGCCCACGGAGACUUUAGUUAUGAUUCUACGGCGAAGAAGCUUCGCUUUGUGGAGAGUGAAAGCCACUCGAACAAAACCACCCACAUGGAUGUGCUCAUUCAUUUUGAGGAGAGUGUACUGUUCGAGAUAGACAGUAAGAACCAGAGCUGUAAGAAGGAGACGCUGAAGUAUCGCCGGCACCCAAUGGAGCUUCCGUCUGAUGCCACUCAUGAAAGUGAGACGUAUCUGGGCAGCCCGUCCAAGUCCGAGCAAGGCCUGAGAGUGCGCAUGUGGGAUGGAAAGCUACCUGGCCUUCAUGCCAACUACACAAUGCUGACUACAUCCUGUGGGUGCCUCACUGUCUACUGCCGCUACCAUAGCGAGAAGACCGACCUCACCUUCAGUUUCAUGAAUGUGGAGACGGAAGUUGACGACACACAAGUCUUUGUACCUCCGGCCUACUGUGACGGCGUGGCUUUAGAUGAUACACCUGAUGACCACAGCUUCUUUGACCUGUUCCAUGACUGAGGGGCUAAAAACAUAGGAACCAGGAUGACGAACACACAGGAUGACGGCACGCAACCAACCAAAGAACUUUAAAGCUCUAAAACAAAACUUCAUUAUAACCUUUCUUCUUUCCUAUGAGCUAUUCUGACAUUCUUUAGCCCACUCAUUAUUUCUGUUUGAGUGACAGUACUGUUUUUUUCUUGUUGUGACUCUGUUUCUUUUUUUCUUAUGAAGUCAAUAAAUGCUGAAUAUUUCACACCAAA